GGAAACAAUACAUCCACAUUAACACUGAACUGAAGCCUGUUUGCGUUUAAAGAUUUUGGAAACUCUCUGCGCCCUUUUAUGGCAGCCUAUAAACUCCAGAUGUUUGUUUUCCUUAGGAGAGGAUGGUGAAACUAAAAGGACAAGUGAUGUGAAGUUAAGCCACGAGGAAUCGGAUUACAAUUGGCCAUCUCACGAAAAGGUGCCUCGGGCUUUAAGGAGACACUGAUAGCUGAUGGUUGGAUCAUAUUCAUGUGGUUUUACGCGCAGGUGCUGAACUGAAAGCGUAACAGGGUUUGGCUGCAGAGAGAGGAUGGUGGCGGAGAUGGCGAGCUGUGGGGCGGCUUGUCACCUGGAGGACGGAGACGGAGAUAUCCCAGCACCUGGUAACAAAGAUAAUCUGACAGAAAGUGACAGCAGUGGUUCAGAUAACCCAGGCACAUCCACUGAGGACAGCUCUGAGGAUGAAGAGGAGGAUAAAGAGGAUGAUGAAGAAUCUGAAUCAUCUGCUGAGAAAGAUGGAGGAGAGGAAGAAAAUGAGGAGGCAGAGGAGUCUAAAAAAGGUCCGAGACCAAUACCAAUACUUGCCUUGUUGGAUAAACUGAUGAGGUUGCUGAGACCACCAUGUCUUCUUGUUGUCAUAGUUGCCAUGGUCUUAGUGGUAGCAUUACGGGAGUCAGUCCCUGGUCCUGAAGCAGAGACUUCCAGUGAGAAAGAUGAGAGGCGGAAAUAUUGCUGUGAAAAAUGCAAAGCUAUCCAGCAGAGCCAUGGCUAUGAGCUUGUUACACCCAGGAAGAUCAGUAAGGGACGAUUACAGGUGCAGCUGGAAGGAGAGGGUACAUAUGAGUGCUCAGUCACUGGUUUGGUUUUUGAAACAUCAGAGCGGGUUCUCUUGCGGUACUCAAUCUUGUCCUGGUCCAAGUUUGGGGCAUUCCUGAGGGACUCCUGGAAAUUUGCUGGGCCCAUCUUCAACGUGGACACAGUCAAUAAAGAAGCAUCUGUCCUCAAGUCCAUCCAGUUCCCUCACUCUGUCUGCCUCGCUGAUCAAGAAAAUGAAAUGACAUUCAGCGUCCUGCAUAUGAAGGGCAACCGCCCCCUCAUAGAGCCCACAGUGGACCACUCAGGUAGUCAUGUGAAGUGGAAUGUGUCGUCUCUGUCACCUGUGGGUCCCAUCAUUCAGACGACCCGGUCUGUGGAGCACCACGGGGUGGUCCUGGUUUAUAAGCAGCUGGGGAAUGACAACAACAACUACAGCUUCCAUGUCUACCUGGCCACCAACAGUGCCUCUGACAUUAAGGACAUACGCAAACAAGUGCAGGGUUACAAGAACCGUUACAUCCGGAUAGAGAAGCCUCCAACAUGUAAACUGGACGAGGGGACGUACCGUCUGCUGAGCGAGCCAGAGGGGGAGAUCAAACCUCAGGAUUUGAAAUUCACCCUCGCUGUGACGAAGAUGAAAGGCUACUUUGAAGCUUUCUUUGAGCAGCCUCCUCCCUUUAAAUUAUCACUCGUAGAGACUGACACUGAUGAGGUUGUUUGGUCCGCCACCAUCAGAGAAGGUGACUGUGUAGGUGACAAAGAGAAGAAGCCAAGAAAAAGGACAAACAGCCGGCGGGGGAGCAGCAGUCCAUCAGAGGAAGAAGAAACAGGCUGUAAAAGACCUCGAUGGCAGGAUGAAUCGGACGGAAUGAAAACGGCGUUAACUCAGGGCCGAGACUUGUCGGAGAAGCAACUUUUGCAGGUGGCCAAGCGGCUUGGGAAGGAGUGGAGGCAAGUGGCCAUCUAUCUGGACUUGAACUCAAAGGAGCUGGAUGAUAUCCAGUCAACAGAGAAGGAUGUGACCAUGCAGAAGCUGAAGAUGCUGGUGGAAUGGAAGAGCAGGAGGCGGCCAGGUGAGGCAACGGCGUUUCAUCUGUGGAAGAGUGUGGAGGAGCUGGAUGACCUGCCAAAUGAGGUCCAUCAGACUCUGCAAGACAUGAUUAACAAUCAAGCAGCUAAGUGAAUGGGAUUUUAUAUCCAUUGACUGUUGGAUUUCUGUUGCUCCAGCUUCUGGAAGGAAAAAAACACCUCAGGAAUACAACAAACCAAACUAAGGUAAACAUAUGGACCAAAUAUCUGCUCCAUUCUGAGUUGGCUUCUCUCUUCUGCACCUGAAACUGAGUUAUGGGCUUUGUAAAGCAACAUUUCAUCAUAAAUAGCCACAGUCUCAACAUUUGAUGGGCAUUCUCCAAACUUUUGCUCGAAGUCUUUCCUGGGAUGAUAAGAAGACAGGCCUUAAGCUUCCUUUGUGUUGCCUGAAUUUAAUGCGUAGCAUUUUCAAGUCCCUAAAAUGACCAUUAAAGGCAUAGAGGUCAUUGAAGGAUUUAGUAGCUAAUUAUGUAGCUGUAACUGAUUUAUUUUAGGUGCUGCAGUGUUGAAACUGCGAACACAUUGGGGAAAAAAAGCCCACCUGUGUCUUGUUUCACUAAUUAAUGUUAUGUCUGUGGAAUUUUUUUUUUUCGAACGAUGAGACAUUACAACACUUUCAAAUCCCUGUGACUGUCUAAAGUUAACAGACUGAAGAACCACAGGCUUCUGGUUCUCAUAUGGUUUUUAUAUUUGUGUACACUUUGUCUUGUAAAUAUUUCUUCCCUUUUUCAAACCUGUAAUCUAUUUUUUUUUACUUUUUUAUAUGUUUUAUUUUUUUAUUGGAAACCUCUGAAAAUGUCAAAUUAACUGAUUUGUAUAAUGAUGUUUAUUGUUGUACUUGAACCCAUUACUUCCCUACUGCGACAGGAACGCAGAGCUCUUGUUUACAUAUGAAUAAUGUUUGUGUGUAUUUCAGAAGUAUGCACUGAAGUUAAAAAAACAAUCACAUGCAUUUGGAUUCAGGGCUAAAUUUAAUAUCUGUGUAAGUGCAGCUACAGCUUUGCAACAUUAAUUUACUUUUAUGAGAUAUCUCUGCAAGAAUAAUGUCAGAGCUGCAGAGCUAAAAACUCUUAGAUCUGAAAAACAUCUGUACUGUAAGCUGCCGGUGGAAAUAUUCCACUUACUUUUUUAUGAACAUUUCUUAAGUCACAGCUUUGUCUCUGUUUCCUGACAAGUUAAUACUGUUUGGGGAAAAGCUGCAGAAAUAUCUCACUGAAUGUUGAAUCUGUUCAGUUUUUCAUGCUAAAAUGUUUACAGUCAGAGAACAGGGCAAUACCAUCAAGUUUGUUCUUUUUCUGCUCUUGUCUCAAUCAUAUCAGAACCCUCAAAAAAGUCAUGAAAUAUAAAGAAAUCAAGGAGAAAAUGAUGACUGAAUAAAACAAAUGGAUUUCCCCCUUUUUUACAUUUACAGUGUUGUACAAUUACAGCUCAUGUGAGGAGUUUUAACUGGUUAUGAGGCAGACAAAAAAUAUUACAUACAGUGCCUAUAAAAAGUAUUCACCCCUUGGAUGUUUUACCCUUGUAUUGAUUUUAUAAAUCAGUCA